CAGCUUACUUGGCUAAGUAUCCUUCACCUUUCAGUAACUUAAUUUAAACUUUUGGUCAGCCAUUCGGUUUUGAGUAAAAGUCCUGUCAGAGGAGUUCAUUCAGACGAAAGCAGCUGAGUGCAGAAGUAACAAGCGGGAUGGCACCUUUGAUGUUUAAAGAUGCUUUCUGGGGAUCUGAUUUUACUUGCCACGCCGGGUAUGAUGCUGUGAUCCAAAGGUUACGAGAUGGAAGGCAAAUGUGCAAAGAUGUGGAGGAGCUUUUAAAAAUGAGGGCACUAGCAGAGGAGAAGUAUGGGAAGGAGCUGGUGACUAUUGCUCGCAAAGCUGGAGGACACUCAGAGAUCCGCACCUUGAGAGCAUCCUUUGACCAAUUAAAAACACAAAUUGAGACCAUUGGGAACUUUCAUAUCCAACUAUCUGAUUUAUUGAGAGACGAGGUGAAAAAAAUUGAGACAUUCAAAGAACAUCAGAAAGAGCAGAGGAAGAAGUUUGAGAGCAUCAUGGAGAAGCUUCAGAAGAAAAAGGCUGCUUUGUUCAAGAAGACCAUGGAGUCGAAGAAGAACUAUGAGCUGAGAUGCAAAGAGGCAGACGAGGCAGAACAUGGGGCUGAGAAGACCAACAUAACACCCAAAAACUCAGAAAAGGCACGUCACAGGGCCAAGCAAUGCAGACAGACCGCCAAUGAAGCAGAGAAGCUGUACUUCAACCACGUCGUUCAGCUAGAAAGCGUUCGCCAGGACUGGGAGGAAACACAUAAAAGCACAUGUGAGGUGUUCCAGAAGCUGGAGGUAGAUCGAAUUGGGAUGCUCAGGUGUGCCCUCUGGGACCACUGCAAUCAUUUCUCCAUGCAGUGUGUCAAAGACGAUGAGUUUUUCGAGGAGGUGAGGAAGCAGCUGCAGCAGUGUGACAUCCUGACAGACAACAACUGCUUCAUAGAGAUGAAAAGCACGGGAUCAAAGCCUCCAGAGCCCAUAGUGUUUGAGAGCUGCUACCAGACAAAUGUGUCCGGAGAAAGCAAUGGCCAAGCUCUUUUUGCAGGAGGAGAAGACAUGAUGAGGAGGUGCUCUGAUUCCCUUCUCGGAAGCUCUGUGAACGUCAGCAUCAAUAAUCCUCAGACAUCACAAUCAGCACUGACAUCUGUUGGCAUGUCCUCAGUUGAGAUUUCAGAUGGAGGACGAGCACCUCUACUAGACCUCCAGCAGGAAACAUCAUUGGCCACAUUCAUAGAUGAUGAAGAUAUCUACAUUGCGCUUUAUGCAUACACUGCACAGGCAGACGAUGAACUGUCUGUGAGCAAAGGGGACAUGGUCCGAGUGUUGGAGCGAGGAGAAGAUGGUUGGUGGAUCGUGGAGAAGGACAGUCUGACUGGACUGGUGCCAGGAAACUAUCUGGGCAAAAUCUGAACAUGCACAUACAAACACACAGACACACACAAAAACACACAGACACACACACACACAGACACACACACACACACACACACACACACACACACACACACACACACAAACACACACACACACACACACACACACACACAAAUAAGAAAACACAAACAAAUACACAAAAACAAAUGACAAAACACAAAUAGCCACACACCUAAACACAUCCGUGCGCAUUACGCUUAAAGACACAGUCAAAAUGUGUCAAACAUGCAAAAAAAUAUACAUGAACAUGAACACAUUCUGCAUCACGUCACUUAUAGAUUAAGAUAUACACACACUUUCCGUUCCAAGCUUCCUGGAUAAAUGCUCUUUUACGAGCACAGCUGAUGUCAAACUGUUUUCCUGAUUUUCUGAACAUGCACUGAAAAUCUAGCAUCAUUUGUAAGUGGGUUUGUUAUUUAUCAAUGGUAAGUUAGUCGAACAGUUUGUUUGUGAUUGUAUUUAGGUUUUAACCCUGCUACCUCAUGUGUUUUACGGCUGGGAUUCUUCAUUCUCUAUACUUAGACCAGUGUACGCACAGUGUCACAGGACUGAAGAAUUAUUAUCUAAAUUGCUCAAAAAUGGCUUCCACUGACUUUGCUGUAUGUCACUAAGUCAUUGUUUUGCCCUUAUUUGUUAGUGUGAAUCAAUGUGAGUAAACAACUAUUAUUAUACCAGAGCAAGCCAGGGUUUGCAUGACAACAAUGCAGGUUAUUGUACUUAACAUGACAGAAAUAACUGAUAAAUUAUCUCCAGUUGGUAAGAAAAUAGAGCAGUGCAUUUGAGGAAUUCCUAUUAGAUAAACCCAUCUCUUCAAGAGAUCCUAAGUAUCUGCAGCACAAAUUUUACGGUGUGUGUAAGGAUGAUCCAGCAAUGGACUGUGCUGGUUUGGUUUUGUCUCUCAGGUUCUGUCCGGUAUUUUUGUGUGUCUGUUUAUGAGCUGCGGAAUAUAGAGGGUCAUGUUGUGUAUGUAAUUAUGUCUACUGUCUAUAAGGUAUUUUCAGUGACCCCUGGGAAGAUCAUCAGUUACCAUGGAGAUCAGAAUACAAAAAAAUGAAGUUUAUAUAACUGAGGAAACGAUAAGACUGUGAUGAUGAUCUGUUGAAUGGUGGCACAUCGAUUUGUUUAACUAUAUUCAUAUUCUUCAUGUGCCUGAUGAAAAAUCAAAUCAUUACCUCUGUAUGUAUCAUUUAAUUGGUAACAUAUUUACUUUCACAUAAAACCAUGUGAAUAAAAAGGCAAUGAAAGAGACAAGUUAAAAUGUAUGAGUUUAUUUGUCCCCGGCCUGUUCUCCACUCUAUACACAAUUUUGUUUGUCGUGUUUUGAGCACUAGCUUAAUAUCUAGGGGUCAACUUAACAGCUCAAAAAUAUUUAAACAGAGGCCAGUUUCACAAAAAAAAUGUAUAAAAUAACAGGUCAUACUUCUUUAUAGCAGGUUUAUAACUAGCAAACUAAACAGAAAGAAUUCAAACUGAAUCUACACAAACACAAGUCUUCAGGUAACACUGAUAAUACUCCAACUAAUAGCACUGGAGACUAAAAGGUUGAUUCACAAUUUCUAUAUGGGCGAUGCCUCACUAGUGAAGCCAGAUUAAGAGAACAUCCACACCAAAACAGAAUGUACAUCAUUCACAAUCUGGAUAUUUGUGAAUAUGAAGAACUCUUUCUACCAAACAUGGUUUAAGAGAAGAAACGCAGAGGUGCUUCACAAACAUAAAUCUGAAGUUAAAAACACUGAAUCUGUUCUUUCUAUGGUAAAAAAGUUUUUCCAUUUUCACAAAGUCUGGUCAAAGCCAACAUAUUACGAAUAGUGUACAUGUUCUUUUUAGCAUAGACCUUGCAUUUUAACAACCAUGAAAUAUCUCCAGAGCUGCAGCCAUAGUGCAAACUAGCCUGCAAGGAAUUACAUUCCAUGCCACAUUCCCAAUCACAAUCUCACACAGAAGCUCCAAGUUAAUUCUCAUCAUCAUCCUCACUGGGAACGAGCCCAAAUAUGAAG